AUGGACAAACUCCAAUGGCUGUGCUUGCCAUGCCUCCUAGUCUUUGCUCCCUUCUUCUUCCUUUUUGGGAGCACGUCGGCUGCCCACCACCACCAGCGAGACGUCCUCCACCCGGUGGUGCUGCUGCCAGGCUUCUCCUGCGGCCAGAUCGAGGCCCGCCUCACCGACGCCUACGACUCGCCGUCGCCGCUCUGCGGCCUGCGCAAGGGGGACGGCCGGUGGUUCCGACUGUGGAAGAACAGCACGGGCCUGCAAGACCUCCCCAACAUGGCGUGCUUCGCCGACCAGCUCCGCCUGGUUUAUGACCCCACGGCCGGCGACUACCGCAAUGUUCCCGGCGUCGAGACCCGCGUCCUCUCGUUCGGCUCCACCGGCGGCUUCCUCUCCGACGACCCUGCCGACAUGGAGAUCUGUAUGGGAAGACUCGUGGAGGCGUUGGAGCGAACCGGGUACAUCGACGGCGAGAGCCUCUUUGGCGCUCCGUACGACCUCCGGCACGCGCCCGCGGCGCCGGGGCUGCCGAACAGGGAGUUCUCCAGAUUCCGCCGGAGUCUCACGGCGCUCGUGGAGCACGCGAGCAGGAGAAACGGGGGCAAGCCGGCCAUCCUCGUGUCCCACAGCCAGGGCGGCCUGCUCGCGCUCGAGUUCCUCAACCGGAGCCCCCUGGCGUGGCGCCGGAGGCUCGUCAAGCACUUCAUCAUGGCCUCCACGGGCGCCGGCGGGAUCGUGGUCACCAUGAAGGGCCUCGCCGCCAGCGACGGCGCCGGCGUCCUGUCGAUGCGGCGCGUCAAGAGGAGCUUCGAGUCCGCGUUCGCGGGGCUGCCGUCGCCGGCGGUCUUCGGCGGCGAGACGCCCCUGGUCGUGACGCGGGCGAGGAACUACACCGCGCGCGACAUGCCGGAGUUCCUGUCGGCGGCCGGGCUGCCGGCGUCCGCAGUGAGGCUGUACCUGUCGCGGGCGCUGCCGGUGGCGCUCAACCUGCGGGCGCCGCUGGUACCCAUGACGUGCGUCAACGGCGUGGGCGUGCCGACCCCGGAGAAGCUGGUGUACUGGGACGGCGACCUCGACAAGGACCCCGAGGUGGUGCACGGGGACGGCGACGGAGUGGUCAAUCUGGCGAGCAUACUUGCCCUCGACGCGGUUGUCGGUGAAGAUCCGGAGCAGCGGGGAUGCUACAAGUCUAUCAGAAUGGCCAACACCACCCACGUCGGCGUCGUGUCGGAUGGUUUCGCCGUUGAGCGUCUGGUCCAUGAGAUUCUUGAAGCAGGUCGCGCCAACCAGACAUGCAUGUGUGCUACCCACUGCCGGCAGCCACUGGCCACUCAGAAUAUGAGAAACAAUGCCCAUCUUCUUUUACCUUUAUCUUCCAAAAGCCAGCAUCAUCAUCAAAUUUUUGGGGUUUCUCUGGAUCUCACCUAG